AUGUACUACAGGCAGGUAUGUGAGGAUUUGGGUUUGUUGGAGAAGAGCUAUUUUGGUCUUCGCUAUCGCUCCAAGCGCGGGGAGCUCUUAUGGCUUAACCUAAGAAACCCCCUCGGUGUGCAGCUUAGAGGGCGCUCUCCACAUCGACUCAGUCUUCAGGUCAAGUUCUUUGUUUCCCCUCAAGAGCUACAACAGCCGAUAACAAGGCACAUCUACUACCUCACUCUAAAGAACCGGCUCCUCCUCGGUCAUUAUGCGGUCACAAAUGAGGAGAAAAUCAAGCUAUUUGGCCUCAUUGCCCAAGCAGAACUGGGCGAUGCUGACCAGACGCUACCCACACAGUACCACACCAUUCUACCAGACCUGAGUGAGGAAACCCUGAGUGAAGUUCUGACGGCGCACCGUGACAUCAUGUCGGACACCAUGACCCCGACGUAUGCUGAGAUCCAGUUCAUCGGCAACGUCAGCAAGCUUCUGGGGUACGGCGUGGAGUAUUUCUCGGCCGAGACCAAGGAACGGGCCCAGGUUGUGAUCGGUGUUUGUACGACGGGGUUGCAGAUCUUAUCGCAGAGCAGGGAGCUUAUGCACAGCAUCAAAUAUGAAGACAUCAGUAAGGUUUCCUACCACCAGAAUCACUUCUCGGUCCACUACUACCGAUCGUCGGGAGGCACCGGAGUCGAAGACGUCCUGACGGCGCUCAAGUUUCGCCUCGGCUCCCGGAAGAUCGCCCAAGCCCUGUUCAGAGCGUUCACAGAAUCGCAUACCUUCUUUAGGUGUGAGAGCGUAGAGCGGGUGGUAAGGCAGCAACAUUCACACACAGGGUUUGGUUCCUUUCUGGUCCUGAUGAAACCGGAUACCUCGAGAGGCAAGGUGUUCAGGUUUGAUGUCGGGCACACCAGACGCCAGGCCUACGACAGCGCCUGGAGGAAACUACACCCUGGCCACAGUCCCACGCAAGACCAAAGAUGGUCGUUCGACUUUGAAAACUACAGCGGCCAGCGGACCUGGCCCGUGUCGAGCACAUUGAGAAGCACGCACUCCCAGGAGAUUCUGUUGAGCCGACAGCCGACCGGUAGCCAUCCACCCAUCCAGAUCCCGAAACCACCCAGCGCUGCCCAAGAAGACGAUUCCAGUCCAGAUUCUACUCCGGACGGCACUCUACCCCACAAGGCCAGUAGGCGGGACGGAGGGAGCCCCAUGAGCGACGGCAAAGCGGAAGUGGAGAUGGUCGAGAAACUCCAAGACCAACUCUCGAACCUCCAGGAAUCAAGACUUUGUCAGGUUUGCCUAGAUAAGGAGAUGACCACUGUGUUCUGUCCGUGCGGUCACAUGUUCUGUUGCGAGACGUGCUCGAAAGAAUGCAACCGCUGCCCGGUGUGCCGAGCCGAGGUUAUCUAUGUUCAGAGAGUCUUCUUCUCCUGAAGCCAGAUCAUUGCCUUUUAUUAUUUUACCUCGGGGUUCCGCUUUUCAGACGAAUCCUGGAAUCCCGACAUUUCAUCAUAUUGUGUUGAAUUCCAGCGAUCACAAAUGGGUCCAGAUUGAAAAGUUAAAAUUUGAGAAUAUCUCAAAUAAGUAUGGAGUCUUCACCCCCCUGAAGCCAUAUUACAGCCUCUAUCAAUGUAUGUCGUGGUUUUACUUUUCAGACGAAUCUUGUAAUCCUGAAAUUGUGUCACAUUAUUUUGAAUGCUAGCAACCACAAAUGGAAUAGUAUUAAAAGUUGUUAAUAAUCAAAUACAAUGAUAUUUUCUGUUCAAUUUGUACUGAAAAUAAGUCUAAACCAAUUUUCAUUGGAGGAUGUGUUGCCAUUCCUGAAUAAAGCUAUAAAUGCUAUAAAUCAUUACAUGUUUGAAAUUGGCAACAUCAUGGAAUCACCGACAUCAUUGUUCCAAAAUGCCAAUUUGCAACGUUUUGUUGGAAUUCCACUUUUAUCAUUAUGUUCGGGUUACUAAUAAUAUUUCUCCUGCAAUUAUUUAUUUUAUGUCUAUAUUAUACAAAUAUUAGGAGGAGGUUGGGUUUCCUUUUUUUAAUACAAAUAUGAAAAUCCAUGAUUGUGCUACAUUUAGAUUACUGUAUAUUUCUUUAGUUGGUGAGGAAGGAUGGAAUUUUUUUUUUGAAGGGGGGGGGGGGGUGAUUUAUUUAUUCUAAUAAUGUUUGUCCAUUAAUUAUAAAGUCACAAAAAGGUGAAUUAUGAAAGUUGUUACAUGUUCAUUAUUUUCGACAGUGGCAGAUCCAGUGCCAGAAUCACGUUAUUGUAGAGUAUGUUUGCCACAAAGAAAUUUCUUAUGAAAAAAUAAUUUGUCAUUCAAUAUUUGUGGGGAUUUAUGGGAUACUUGAUGAUGUUACAUGUAUAUGUUUAUAGAUACAAGUAACGUAUUUGAAAGGACUAAUAUUUUCCUUUAUUGUAGAAUUUCAUAAUGCAAAGAGAAGACAAUGAAAAUAUUGAUAAUAUUUUGAAACUUUAUGAAGUGAAGUGUCCUGUAGCUAAUGCUUAUUGAAUCCAUUUAUUAUUGCACUUCUUGUAGUCAUUCGUUUGCUGAAUGAAUAUUGUGUAAUCACUCUUGCUGGGUGAUCGUUAAAUAUUUCACGUUUCAAAUGAAGUGGGAGUGAUCCCUUUACUGAGUCAAUAAUGUCGGGUAUUUUUGAAAGGCCCCGCACACCAUGCAACUGAACAUCGAUCCGAUUUUGGAAACAAAUCACUUUUUGCCUAUUUUCUAAAAAUGUCAAUGAAAAGUAUCUUUUCAUUUUAUGUUUGAAUUAACUGUUAGAAUACUAUUAUAACAUUUUUGGAUGAUUGCAUGCCUUUAUUUUGGAGUAAAUCGUAGCCAAUCGUACGACUGCUAUGACGCCAUUAUGAUUAGAUAUACCAUCCGCUUUUAUUUUUAUAAUGUUGGUAGCAUUGUCACAGAUUUGAAUGUAAGUAUUCAUACGAUCAUUUUGAAUGUCACACAGUAAGAUGUUCCGACAUUGGCAUAAAAUCUUACUACGUUUUAUUCCAAAAUCGGGUCCCAAAUUUGGGUCGCUUAAAUACCAAUCGUAUGGAGUGCGGAGGCCUUCAGUGAUAACUUCUAGUAUUGGAAUACAUGUGUAAAUUAGCAUUAUGUAUAUUGUAAACAGAAUUUGAAUUAGAGCAAUAAUGUCUAAUAAUAUAUAUAUUUUUUGUUACCAUUCUCAUUGUUGCAUACCUUCUAUGCACUUAUUAGAAAGAAGAUCUAUUUUUCGUAGCUCAUUACUGAAUCUAUAACUAUUGAAGUACCAUUGUGUAUAUGUAUGCACGAUUUUUUAUGAUAAUGGAAUGUAUCAUUCAUAUCACACAUGUCUAAGUUUUGAUUGGAUGUAUGAAUUGGUCCAUCGCGUACAACCGGGAAGGCACUAAUCUACAUUUGCCACUCUCCACCCUGGUGUUCAAUACGAACCCAAUCGGAUGUGAACACCAAAGUAGUUUUGCUUUAUGAUUGUACCAUAUGGAGAGACCAACAUGGAGCGUUGUGGCCCAGUGGAUUAGUCUUCUGACUUUGAAACAGAGGGUUGUGGGUUCGAAUCCUAGCCAUGGCGCAAUUCCUUCAGCGAGAAAUUUAUCCACUUUGUGCUGCACUCAACCCAGGUGAGGUGAAUGGGUACCCGGUAGGAAGAAAUUCCUUGAAUGCUUGAGCACCUAGGCAGCCCAGUUAAAGCCGGGGUAAUAAUAAUAGCAGGGCUCACCAGGAGAACAGUUUUCCGAACUGAAGUGGGUUCCCUGGGUAAAUAUACCUAUAUUAUUAUUAUUAUUAUAUGACUACUCACUUGUUAAAAAUGUGAAAAUUAAUCAUGUUAUUUGAAUUUGGCACUCUCCACCCAGGUGUUAAAUGUCACCUGAUAGGAAGUGAAUGUCAAUUUAGUCUUGCUAUACUACCGGUAUUAAUAUUUCAAGCACUGUUCAUUGGCUCAUGUUUUCCCUAGGAUAUCAUGUGCAAACAAGCCAGAAUCAGAUUAUAAAUUUGAAAAUUGAUUGUGUUAUUUGAAAUUGCCACUCUCAAUCUAGGUGUUAAAUGUGAACCUAUUAUGAUAUGAACGCCAAGGUAGUUUUGCAUUAUUAAAGGAGAAUGAAACCCUUGAAACCAGCUGAAUCCAUAUC